AUGGCUAAACGGAGAAUCACACAGGAGACCUUCGAUGCUGCUGUCAGGGAAAACAUGGAGGAGUUUGAGAUGGACCCAGAUGAGGCUUUGAGGGAGGGUGAGCAGUUUGAGUCUCAAGGUGUGGACCUCAGUUGCAUAGUAAAAGCUGUGCCAAUAAUCUCAUCAACUGACAAUCAAGAAGAGCAAACACACGAGGUCCUACAGGCUUUGGAGUCCCUCCAAAUUGGAAGAGACUCUGCUGGCAUGACAGCAGACCUGAAAACCUUCACUGAGCAAUGCGCACUGGGAUUUGCCCAGAGGUACCUCGCUGCUCAGAAAGAUGCCUACCCCAUCAUCCUCUCCUACUGCAAAAAGAGCAUGGAGGAGCAGGAAGCAGUGUUAGCCGCGCUGUCCGCUCUGGCCGCACUGACUGAUGGACAGCCGGACUUGCUGGACGCAGAGGGUCAGCAGUUCCUUUUGGAUGUCCUUAAGAAGUACCAGGCAGAUUCCUCGGUGACACGCGUCGCCAUCAGCGCUGUGCGGCACAGCUGUUUAAAACAUGAACAGAACAGGCAGGAUUUGGUAAAAGGUGGCGUCCUGCCGCUACUCACUGGUGCCAUCACGCAGCACGGUGGAUGUGCAGAGAUGGUGAAGGAGGCCUGUGCAGCUCUCAGAGUCAUGACCUUUGAUGAUGAUGUGCGGGUUACUUUUGGGCACGCUCAUGAACAUGCCAAGAUAAUUGUUCUUGAGCACAGUGGACUGAAGGUAUUGAUUGGGGCUGCCAAAGGUCACCUUGGUAACACUUCUGUUUUGAGUGAGCUGUGUGCAACUUUAUCCCGUCUGGCUGUACGGAACGAGUUUUGUCAAGACAUCUGUGAUCUGGGCGGAUUAAAACUCAUGAUGACUUUGCUUGCAGACAGCUAUGAGUCCGCGGAUUUGGUUCGGCAGGUCCUUAGUGCGAUCCGGGCCAUAGCAGGAAACGAUGACGUUAAAGAUGCAGUUGUUAAUGCCGGUGGAGUUCAGCUCAUUGUCAUCGCCAUGAACAGGCAUAUGAGCAACUCUGCUGUGUGUGAGCAGGCUUGUGCGUGCCUCUCUGUCCUUGCUUUACGUAAACCCAACAACUGCACAGUCAUCAUGGAGAAUGGAGGUGCCUUGGCUUCCCUGCAGGCUAUGAAGACUCAUGCUGAUGUGGUCAACGUGCAGAAACAAUCAUGCAUGCUGCUGAGAAAUCUGGUUGCACGUAUGCGUAACUUCAGCCAAACAAUCUUAGAGAUGGGAGCGGAGGCGCUGAUAGCCCAGGCGCUGCAGAACCAUCAAGACUGUGGUGAUGUGGGUAAGGCAGCCCUGAGAGAUCUGGGAUGUCAGGUGGAGCUUCGAGAGCUGUGGACCGGCAAACAUGGCAGCCUUACCAACUGAAAGUGGAGCACACUCUCUGAAGAUGGUUCAUGAGGAACAUUCAACACACCUUGCAGGUUGGGGCGGAGGGUUUAAUAGCAACAUUCAGUCCCACCCACUGUGAUUUCAUUUCCUGGCACGGAUUUAUUUUGAGGUUGAAACGUCGACUGCCAUUGCAUGCAGGCACAUGAUGAAAGAGAGAUGGUUGUGUUGCCAGUCUUCCUUCCUUAUUCAUAUGAACAGUAAUUUUAGUCCUGUUCCUCCCUUUGAUAACAAAAAUGUGAUUAAAAUAUAAAAUUAACUAGUUUGUUAGAUACGGCCCUACCAAAAUAAGAUUAGUAGUCAUAGUACAAAUGCUGGCUGUAGCUACUGUGAUGUCACCCAGUGGUUUGUGCAGUCCCUGUAUGAUACCUUGAGCUAAGAGUUUUUGCCAUCGCCACCUUGAUGUUUUGAAACUGGAUGUGAGUGAGGGGGGUCCUGUGAAACCAAGUGCUCACUGGCUAACGACCAGUGAUGGCAUAGUUACCUGGAAAAAGUAAUCUGUUUUCUGAUUACUGUUUACUUUAAAUAGUAACGCACAGUGACUUGAAUAAGUAACUUUAAUCUGAUUACUGGAUUGCAAAUAGUCACUUGUUAGAUUACUCAUUACCGAAAAAAAUGACAUCACUGCUAACGACCCUUUAGAAUGUCCAAAAUUUACAAAAUGGACUGAGUCAGAGUGAGAGUCCACCCCUCGCUCGUCAUGUCAGGUUUGAAAAUGCCAAUAUAGCGAGACUUGAGGCUUCAAGAUGAAUUUUUUUUUUUUUUAAACCAGCAAUUUAACUUUUUGUAAUUCAACAAAAAAAUU